CCGGCCGUAAAGCGAGAAGGAGCCGGCGAGUCGGGAGGACCGUGCGGGUAGAGCGGUGCGGCCCGGUGGGCGUGCGUGCGGCCGCUCUGGGCACGCGGGCCCCUGUCUCACCGGCCCGCGGCGGCCCGGGAGCGGAUCCGGGGCAGCGGGUGGGCGCGCGGGGUCAGAGGUCGCCGACACCCGGGGCCUGCGGGUCGGGUCUUUGGAGUCGGGCGGGACCGCCUCGCGUCCGAGGGGCUUGUCUGGACUCAGACCUCGCGGGGUCCGCCGGCCCGCGUCAGCCCAGUAUCUGCAUACCUGUGCGCACUGAGCCCGUCCCUGUGCCAGCCCCGCCGGGCGGGCUCCCCCGGCCUCAGGAUGCCUGCGGCACUGGUGGAGAACAGCCAGGUGAUCUGCGAGGUCUGGGCCAGCAACCUGGAGGAGGAGAUGCGCAGGAUCCGCGAGGUCGUGCUCAGCUACAGCUACAUCGCCAUGGAUACAGAAUUUCCAGGUGUCGUGGUGCGACCCAUUGGCGAAUUUCGUAGUUCCAUUGAUUACCAGUAUCAGCUUUUACGGUGCAAUGUUGACCUUUUAAAAAUUAUCCAGCUCGGACUUACGUUCACGAAUGAGAAGGGAGAAUAUCCGUCUGGAAUCAAUACUUGGCAGUUCAACUUCAAGUUCAACCUGACCGAGGACAUGUACUCCCAGGACUCCAUAGAUCUCCUCGCCAACUCGGGGCUGCAGUUCCAGAAGCACGAGGAGGAAGGGAUCGACACGCUGCACUUCGCAGAGCUGCUCAUGACGUCAGGCGUGGUCCUGUGUGACAAUGUCAAGUGGCUGUCCUUCCACAGCGGCUACGACUUUGGCUACAUGGUCAAGUUACUCACCGAUUCUCGUUUGCCGGAAGAGGAGCACGAGUUCUUCCACAUUCUGAACCUAUUUUUCCCGUCGAUCUAUGAUGUGAAGUACCUGAUGAAGAGCUGCAAGAAUCUCAAGGGAGGCCUUCAGGAGGUGGCUGACCAGCUGGACCUGCAGCGCAUUGGGAGGCAGCACCAGGCUGGCUCGGACUCCCUGCUCACGGGCAUGGCCUUCUUCCGGAUGAAGGAGUUGUUUUUUGAGGACAGCAUUGAUGACGCCAAGUACUGUGGGCGGCUCUAUGGCCUGGGCACGGGCGUGGCCCAGAAGCAGAAUGAAGAUGUGGACUCUGCCCCGGACAAGAUGAGCAUCCUGGCCCUCAUCAACAACAUGCAGCAGUAGGCUGGCAGCCCCCGCCUGCACGGCUGUGCCCAGCAGCGUCAGCCCUGCCCAGCAAAGCAGUGGGAGGGCGGUCUGCUGGGCGCCGCGUCUCCUGCCGCUCCUGCCACCAGCGUCCACGGCUCCCCUGACACCGUUUUAAACACCCGGGACAAGUCCGAAACGAGUAAAAUGUCUCUAACUCUUCCCUGUUGUCCUUCUGCUUCUUUUGAAACUUGGCGCUCGCCGGAGGAUGAAGACCUGGUCCCCCGUCCGGCUACCCUGUGUCCUGCUGAGGGCCAGCGCGGCGGCCCUCCCAGCACUGGCCUCCACUGCUCUAUGAAAUGAACUCCUUGGUGCUGGAACGAGGACGCCAGAUGAUGGAAAACACGUCUGAAGGCAGAUUCGAGCUGGCCCUGUCCCCUCUCCCGAGGACUGCCGGGCACACACCCAGCGAGCCCCUCCAGGGUCUCUACGCUACGCUGGCUCCCGGAGACUGGCUGUCACACAGGCUGUUCGAAGUCACCAUGGAGUGGAGCCUGUGCGAGUUGCGCCAGAGUUCCCGGUCAAACUGGCCUGUUUCCCAUCACGAGAUUUCAGGUGCUCAUCCGGGAGCCACAAAAACCAGGGACAGGAGAGAUGGGGUUCCACCCAGGUCUCUCGCAGUCGCAUUCCAAGCCUGGGGUAGGAAGCCAGGACCCUGGGUUUUAAGAACUUGUCAUUUAAAAAUGACGUUAUUUUCUAAACGCCUGCAGUACAACAAGUCCCAAAGAAGCAACCCCUCCCCGCAUUGGGUGGGAAUGAGAACUCAGCGCAGUGGGUGAGGCCUGCAUUUGAAAUGAACGAAGAUUCACCUGCAGCGUCAAGUGUUAUAAGCGGGUAUUUAAGAUGCCUGUAAAUAAUAUUUAUGUUUUUAAUUUUGUAAAAUAAAGAUUUGUUUUUAACCA